GGAAAAUUAGCACGUGUGUUGUCUGUUUACUUUCUGUAUCGUUUCAAAUGUACUGAAACUAUGAAUUCGAAAAGCAAAUUAUUUGUACCUUAUAGAGCUAUAGGAUUUGUCAGUAAUCAUAUACCAUUAUCUUUGAGAUAUAUUAACCGAAGGAACGAAAAUAUUGUCGUGACAUGCGUAGGAAGUGCUUUUCACACUUAUGGUUGCUCAAAGUUAAAUCUUCUAAGUAUAAGUGGUCAGCAUCCGGGUGAUAUAUCCUGCAUAACAUCUGAUGCUUAUUUGGUUUUUACUGCAUGCAAUAACAUCGUUUAUGCAUGGAGGAGAGGGAAUGAAUUGAAACAUACGUAUAAAGCACCUUCAAAUGUUCAUUUGAUGCUUACUUUUGGGCCCCAUUUAUUAGCAGUUUAUGAAGACAAUACACUUCUUGUAUGGGACAUCAAAGAAGAAGUUGUGGCUGUAGAAAUACCAAUUGCUAACAUUACUGUCUCAGCAAUUGUUCAUCCAAGUACAUACUUGAAUAAAAUUUUGCUUGGAAGUUAUGAAGGAUGUAUGCAGUUGAUAAAUAUUAAAACUUGUAAUGUAAUUUAUACAUUUUCUGGCUGGGGAUCUCCAAUUGUAGUAUUAGAACAGGCUCCAGCUGUGAAUGUUGUAGCAAUAGGCCUGGAAAGUGGUGACAUCUAUAUCCAUAAUUUGAAGUAUGAUGAAACAAUAAUGAAAUUUUCUCAAGAUUGGGGGCCUGUUAUUGGAAUUACAUUCAGAACUGAUGGACCUCCUGUAAUGGCAACUGCAAGUACUUUGGGUCAUGUUGCUGUUUGGGAUUUGGAGAAAAAGCAACUUCAUAGUGAAAUACGAGAUGCUCAUAAGGGUUCUGUGAAUGGUUUGAAAUUUCUUCCUAAUGAGCCUUUACUAAUUACUUCUUCUUCUGAUAAUUCUAUAAAGAUAUGGAUAUUUGAUUUGCCGGAUGAUGGAGGCCGACUUUUGCAUCUCCGUGAAGGGCAUAGUAACCCACCUUUAAAGAUAAGAUUUCAUGGAAUAAAUGGCAAAAAUAUUUUAAGCUCAGGUCUUGACUCGACAUUAAGAUCAUUUUCUACAGAAGCUGACAACUUGAACAAAAACUUAGGGCAAGCAUCAUUCAACCGCAAAGCAGCAAAAAAGAAGGGCCUGAAGCAUGACACACAAAAAAUGUUGCCAAUAGUUGAUUUUUCAUCAGAUAUUACAAGAGAAAAAGACUGGGAUAAUAUUGCUGCAAUACAUCGACAUUCAAAGAUUGUUUCUACUUGGUCAUAUGGACAUUGUCGUAUGGGAAAUCAUAAGCUAGUACCUGAACGUUUCAAAGGAAUCAAAGGAGUUGAAGCUUUGUGUGUUUAUAUUACUUCUUGUGGAAAUUUUGUAUUGAUUGGCUACAACACUGGGCAUUUAGAUAAAUUCAACAUUCAGUCUGGUUUACAUAGAGGUUUUUAUGGCAAAGACACAGCUCAUGACAAGAGUGUACGGGCAGUUGUUGUUGAUAGUUUUAACCAAGUAGUAAUUUCUGGAGGCUCAGAUAAAUUUUUGAGAUUUUGGAACUUCAGCAAGCGUUAUGAAGUAUUUGCUUUAGAACUUGCACCUAGUGUAUGUAAAAUCAUUAUUCACAAAGAAAGUGCAAUGCUUGCAGUUGCUCUUGAUAAUUUUACUGUGGUUGUUGUGGAUCUCGAGUCUCGUAAAAUAGUGAGAGAAUUUCAAGAUCAUGAUGGUGCUAUUUCUGACAUGGUAUUUAGUCCAGAUUCUAGAUGGUUAAUAGUGGCCACUAUGGAUUCGGCAAUUAAGACAUGGAAUUUACCUACUGGAAAGCUCAUAGACUGGUUUCUAGUUCCUCAGAUAUGUACAAGUCUUACUAUGUCCCCUACUGGAGAAUAUUUAGCUACUGCACAUUCUGGAUGUAUCGGUAUAUAUUUAUGGGCAAAUUCUGUAUUGUAUUCUAAUGUGUCAAUACACCCAUUGCCUGAAUCAUAUGAUCCUACGUUGGUUGAUCUUCCAUUAACGUCUUCAGAAAAUAGAGAGACAGAAGAAGAAGAUAUCUAUACCUUAGAAUACCCAGUUAUUCCUGAAUUUAAAUCUCCAGAACAAAUUUCCGAUGAACUUGCAACACUGUCUCUACUAUCACAGUCACACUGGUUGAAUCUUUUAGACCUUCAUACAAUAAAGCUCCGAAAUAAACCCAAAGAGCCAGUAAGUGUUCCAAAAAGGGCUCCUUUCUUUUUACCUGUUGUGUCUGGUUUGAAGCCUACAUUCUUUGUUGAAGAUAAUGAUAAUUGGAGGGAAGAGAUGCAGAAAUCUAAAAUUCUUCAUGUGAUGCAACAUGGCUCAGAAUUUUUUGCUUUACUUGAAAAAAGUGAAACAUUGAAAAUAUAUGAACCAGCUAUUGAAAAUCUCAAAAGUUUAUCUCCAUCAAAAAUUAAUAUUGAAAUCCAGUGUCUAAGUCCUGAAAAUGGAGGUUCUAUACAUCUCAUGGAAUGCUUUAUGAGAGCUAUGAUUGAAGCAAUGAAAACAAAUAAGAAUAUUGAGCUUGUGCAUUCGUAUUUGGCACUCUUUUUCCAGAUACACCAUGAAAUAGUAGCAGCUGAGAAAAGUUUAACAGAAUUAGCAGAAACAUUGUGGAAUAUGAAAACAUGGCAAGUACUACAAGAGAAAAUACAGUUUUGCUUGUGUGUUGGAAAUUAUGCUAGAAGUGCUGUUCUUUGAAAAUUGAUUUGGUGUAGGCAUUUCACAUUUUCAUCUAAUGUAUAUAAUCAUAGAAAUAUGAUGUAUAAAAAUUUAUUUGUACUAUUCAUUUUUGUACAUUAAAUUAUUUUUAUUCAUGUUAAAAUUA